ACUAGAGUCGAGCUCACAAGUGGCGGAGCUCAUGGGGUGCAAGAAGGAAUGAAUGCAACCGGGACGAAACUCCCCUCCGAGUGAUUCCUUUUCGCCAUUCAGUCGGCCACUUUCGAUGGAAUCAGCGCUCAUCGGACCAUCGGCGCUCAUCGGACGGACUUGAGAUGACUUGAUCAAAAGUUUGGAGGAGUUUGGAACCAAGCCAUCUCCAUCAGCCGGGAUGGUGCGCCUGCUGAGCUGCCUCCUGCUCGGAUACCUCACUUGGAAUCUGCAGAUCUCGGACGCGCAGGGGGAGUACUGCCACGGCUGGCUGGACGCCAGCGGCAACUACCACGACGGCUUCCAGUGCCCGGAGGACUUCGAUACGAGCGACGCCACCGUGUGCUGUGGUUCGUGCGCGCUCCGCUACUGCUGCGCCGCCGUGGACGCGCGCCUGGAGCAGGACGGCUGCACCAACGACCGGCCGGCCGCCGACAACACCGAGUAUGCGGCGCAGCCCGUCUACAUGCCCUUCCUUAUGGUGGGCAGCAUGUUCGUGGCCUUCGUAGUAGUGGGCUCCCUGGUGGCCGUCUACUGCUGCACCUGCCUGAGGCCCAAGCAGCCUGCCCAGCAGCCCAUCCGCUUCUCGCUGCGUAGCUGCCAGGGAGAGACCAUUCCCAUGAUCCUCACAGCAGCGCCUCCCAGUCUCCGCGCCCCGUCCAGACAGUCUAGCACGGCCACCACCAGCUCCAGCUCGGUGGGAGGCGGCGGCUCCGUUCGCAGGUUCUCAAUUGGGGGGCAACAGCAGCACAGCUGCCCAGUGUCGGCCACCGUGUCCGCGCCGAUGUCCGCUCCUGUGCCAAGCCGUCAGACUCUUCCGCCGCCUCUGCCGCCACCCUACACGUCUCCCGUGGCAUCGGGGGGUCUCCAGCACGCUCACGCUCACGCUCACGCUCAGCUGCCCAUCCAACAGCCCUCGCAGGGCGCCGCUUUCCUCCUGCCCCAGCAAUACUUUUUCCCCAUGCAGCCCGAUGCGUUUGGUUCGCCUAAGGCCUUCUCCGAUUUUGGUCAGAGUUGACAAGUACUGCCAGCAGAAUAGAUUUGUUUGGAGAGGCCAACCAGGCCAAACUUCCAGGAUGAGCCACCUAUGCACUUUUUGUAUUCUAUUAUGUACAUAACUACCAUGACUAUUUUGUACUGACUGUUAUUUUAACAAUAAACAAAUAACCUUGGCAAAUUUCGAAAAUGGGCUACUUUAGAAAAAAAUAUGAACCAGGAUAUUCCAUAUUUUUCAAUUUUUGCAAUCCUCCUAGAAGUUUUAAUGCAGUGGUUCUUAAAUUGCUGUUGCAACAUUUACAAGAAAUUAUGAUGUAACCUUUCAAAAGCACUGGUAUGCCAGUAAACAAACUAAACCAAUAGGCUAGCUAGCUUUAUUUGGACCAAAUAAAAGCACUCCUAUGAUUGUGUCAUCGGAUAUGAUAACUCUACAUGGAUUUUUUUGGUGUUUUUUUUUUUUUUUUUCUUUACAUUUUUUUAUUUAAGGAUAUAGUGUCCCCCCACAUAUUUGUGUUUUGAUGCUUACAAAUGAAUACUUAUUUGUAGAAUUUUGGAGAACCCUACCUUAUUAUGAUCUUUGAAAAACUUUAUUGCCAGUCAUCUGAGUUCAGAACAGAGCGUGUCUAAUAUAAAAGUAGCUGUUUUGCUGCCAUCUUGUGGCAUCUGUAGGCAAUUAUAAACACAUUAACUCUUUAGUUGCAAUGACGUACCGCACGUAACACGUCACUUUUGUCCGUUAACACUCAUGACGUUAGCAACUGUUGCUAGGCGGGUCAAGCUCAUGUUUGUCCCUAAUGCUAAAUGCAUGUAAAUAUUGUCCGAACGAGAGUUUUACUGAGCUAAACCUACCAAUUCUGUCCGAAAAGGAUGUCGCUGGUGCCAAUUCACUGAUAAAGAUGUGGAAGAACAUACAAAUGUUCAGUUAAAGAGAUGGCUUGAGUGUCGAAGGAUGAAAAAGAUCCAGAGGUAGCUUUUUUCUCGACACCUUUUUCUUGUGUGCAUUGCCUUACGCCACUGACAUUAUAAUCCUCUGGUUGUCUUACAUCUCUGACCGGUUUUGGGGGUAAUUUAUAUUGCUAUUUUUGCAUCGCGAUCGCAAAUGCUACUCAGUGACAGUCAACAGUUUUAAUUUUUCAUUAAUAACAAAUCUUAGUUUUAUUCAUUCAUUCAUUUUCCAUGCCGCUUUUCCUCACGAGGGUCGCGGAGGUGCUGGAGCCUAACCCAGCUAACUCGGGGCAGUAGGCAGGGGACACCCUGAAAGAUUUAUUUAAACUUCCCCCUUAAUAUUCUGUUUUUGUUUUUUUUAACAACAGAAAAGGUAACAACAGUAGCAGUCAGAUACCAUUUUAACUUUUUUAAGGCCAUUCAUUGUCAGACAAGCAGCACGGCAAAACGCCACGCUAAAAAAUAAGUAAAAAUAUCAAAAUGGCUUACCUCUUCAGAGCAGGCAGUGGAUCAGCAUUGUCAUCUGUAGGACCAUGGCCACAAACAAAAUAUUUACUGCUAUGAAAGUGAAUGGCUUCACGUUGCUGGCUUUAAACUGGUCUUUUGGACGUCCGCACAAGUUGAUCCAUUGUUCACAUUUUUUCCUCCGAGUUUUUGGCUUCGGGAAACAUAUGAGGAAAACAUCCUUCAUAUGUCGCAAUGUCGAGAGUCGUUUCUACAAGUUCCAUAACAGCAGCGUUUACUCAGCAUGUUCUUUUUUGAAAGACUACCGGCAGAAAUCAAGCAGUAACAACAUGGGUUGUAUGCGAAGGCGCAUAUUUUCACCCACUCCUGGUUUAAGAUUGUGUUGUCACCGUCUAAAAAUAGCAUUCGUGCAGGACAUUAGUGACAGUGAUGGUGAUAGACAAGGGAACGGCAACCCAAAAUGUUGUAAGAGCCAUAUUGGACCAAAAAAAAAAAAAAAUACAUACGUAUGUGUGGAGCCCUCAAAAUGUAAAACCUUAUACA